AUGUUCACAGGAUUCAGGUCAGGGUCUUAUCAGCAGCAGGACAAGGAUAGACUGACCAUUGAUUGUAUGAAUAUUGAAGCCAUCCGACAAUCUAUAUUGUCCCUGAAUCCCCAGUGGAAUCGAAUAUUUAAAGGAGAAAAUGUCACUCUGUUGUGUAACAGGGAUAAUUUCUUUGAGGUCAACUCCACCAAGUGGACCCACAAUGGCACAAUUUUACUAGAGACGACUUCAAGUUUGAGUAUCGUGAAUGCCAGCUUCCAUGACAGUGGGGAAUACAAAUGUCAGUACCAAAAUUUUAAGGAAAGUAAACCUGCACAUCUGGAAGUCUUCAGUGACUGGCUGCUCCUUCAGGCCUCUGCUGAGGUGGUGACAGAGGGUAGGCCCCUCCUCCUCAGGUGUCAUGGUUGGAAGGAUCGGAAUGUCUACAAAGUGAUCUACUACAAGAAUGGCAAAGCUCUCAAGUACUGGUAUGAGAACCACAACAUCUCCAUUUCAAGUACCACCAUUAAAGACAGUGGCACCUAUCACUGUGAGGGCAGAGUUCAGCGGCUGAAUUAUAUCUCUGAGCCCCUCAAUAUUACUGUAAUAAAAGCUCCUCUAAGCAAGUACUUCGGGCUACAAUUUUGCACCCCACUGUUGGUGAUGGCUUUGUUUGCAGCAGACACAUGGUUAUUUCUCUCCACCCAGCAGCAGUUCACAUUACUCUUGAAGACCAAGGAGACCAGGAAAGGCAACAAACUUUUGAAGCUAAAUCCUAAGCCAGAUCCCCAAAAGAACUAA